AUGCACCUUCCCUCUCUUGUUAUGACGGGAUCUUCCGUGAUUGUCGGCUUGAACGGAGCUCUACAAAAACGCUUCGUGCUGCCUCGUUCCACAGAACUCAUUCCUGGGAACGUCCUUCGUGCCGCGGAAGUUCAAAGUGGUGUCGGUGGCAAAGGGCAAGAUGUCGCCAUCACGCUGAGUUGUUUGCAAUACGAUGCCAAUUUACAGGUGGCACAAUUUAUCGGUAUGGGAGCUGAGGGAGAUACGGUGCACAAAAUGCUUUCGGAUUUGUUGGGCAACGACGCCAUGAAGCUAACGGUGCGACAAGAUAGUGGCAUGCGAACCUGCACCAGCAUUGUGGCGUCGGGUACAACAACUGAGUUGGUGGAACCUAGCGGAAUGAUUCAGGUGGAUGAAAUGAAUGAGCUUAUGAAGAAAUUAGAAAAUUUGGAGGCAUCUGCGCUCUGUAUAAUGGGAAGCAUGCCUCCUGGUUGCGAUGAAGACACAUACGCCAAAAUUUACGAAAAGGUCGCUACCCCCUCCACCCUAUGUUUGAUUGAUUCCAUGAAUGGGUUAGAGCCAUUGCUUCAGCGGAUAGCCGCUACACCUAACCACGGUCCUACAAUUUUAAAAUUGAAUGCCUCCGAACUCUGCAAAUUGGCAAACGUGAAGAAGUCGAAUAACGAAGCAGGAGGAGUUCUACCGGACGAGCUCGUGCGAGCGGUUUUAAAUUUUCUAGAAAUCGCUCACCCUGCUGCAGCUCGAGCUCUUUCUGCAAUUGCCAUUACAGAUGGCGCUCACCCGGGAUAUAUGGCCGUUAUGCCGGUGGCCGAAGAAGCCGAAUUCCGUUUAUUCGAACUCCCCGUUACCAAUCUUAUGGACAAGUCGCCACGGAAUCUUAGCUUGACACUAUAUCCAAUUGGUGCCGGCGAUGCGGUAGCGGCAGGCACAUUAGCGGCGUGGAAGUCGCUGACUGCUGAGAAGGACGCACCUCCCUGUGUUCACACCGACGUUCACUAUGCGCUCGCUGGCAACGAAAGCCCAACCAGUCGUGUCAUGCUUGCUGCAUUUGCAUUUGGAUUAGCAUGUGGAUCGGCAUCUUGCCUACAAGAGCAAAAUUCGGUGCUGAAGAUUGACGACGCCUUGUUGCUGUACAACAAAGAAGGACGACCUUCCUUUGUAUCAAGUAACCCGAUUUUGACUAGCUCCAAGGCAAGGACUUGA